AUGCCCUCAAUGCAGCCUUUCCCCAAGCCUUCGAUCAGCAAGGACGAGCAGGAACUGCAUUCUUUGCGGCAUAUGUACAAGGAGAUCAAAAACAAGUCCAACCUGCCGGAGGACAUCAAGAAGGUGGUCCUUGCGACAGAGGCGACAGUCCGAAAGGUGGACGCCAAGACCCACAGCCAACUGGUGUCUCAAUUGAACAACAUGCGAAAGAAGCUCUCGGAGAUCGACGAGCAAUGGGAAUCUUAUCGUCAACAAUGGGCAGACUACCUCGACAAAGCUACCCAGAUGUGGAUGUCGCAUGUGAAGGAGUUCGAGCAGGGAGAGGCACAGUUUGCAGAAAGACGUGGGGAAGCUCUGCGCAAUUUGCAGACCACAAGGGAAGCUCUCCACGAUGCUCAUCAGAGGACGAUGGGUCAAGAUGUCCUUGCAUCAAACGACAUCGAUUCAGCUCAGGAAGCCUUGGAUGCUACUAUGACUGUGGGCGAGAACGACUCCACAGGGAUGCAGACAAGCUUUGCCCAAAUCAAGGAGAACCUCAAUGGUGUGGUGCAGCAGGUUCGCAGCACUAUCGAGGAGAAGAUCAGGAAGCGCGAUCGUUCAAGAUCACGUGGACAUCAUGGCGAUGGCGUUGGCGAUCAUCCGGAUGUCGAAGUAGUGGAACCCGCAGACAAGAAGGAACCUGAUUUUCACAGUGUUUGGGAAGCGCGAGAUUCAGCACUCCUUUUACAAGAAUCGCUGCAAUCGACAGCCUUUGAUGUUCAGUUUGACACAAUACGAAAGAGUUGGACAGUGGAUACUUCUUCGGUUGCCUCAUGGAUGGCUGAUGGAGCUAUGCCACCAAUGAUGCAAUCACGAAUCAAUGAUGCUUGGCAUGAUGUUCCAUCCAAUUGGCAGACAUCGGAUGGGCCACCUCAUGAACAAGAUCCUGGUGAGCAUCCCUUCUUUUUGCAUGAGGCCCCGGAUACCAUUCAGGACCUCUACAAUGAGUUUCUCAACAAUGGUUUGGUGGAUGGCCGACUUGCGGAACCCAUCCAUUUGCGAUCUUGGUAUCUCCAUCACGUGCAUCACAGUCAAUGUCUCACUUCAAGAAUCCUUGAACUAGAUGGUCAUUGGAGCACUUGGGCGAGAGAUUUGGCUGCGGGAUGGGCAGACCUUGUCAGACCGGAGGAGGGGCUGGCCUUCUUCAUUUGUCAUCCUGAUCCCCCUCGCUCUAAUGGUCACUAUGAGCUCUAUUUCGACAUGACUCUGGUACAGGGCAUGAAUUUUCCAGCCUGGGCUGGUCUGAUCACUGUUGUUCGGGCAGAUGAUUUUACGGACAGGGCUGAUUUUGCACUUGCAGCCUCUCUGCCCAGAUUCGUCAGUGGACAACACCUGGCUGCACACCAUUUGCGAGGUUGUAGGAUUAGUCAUGGACGCAAUUUGAUUCCCUUCAACUUUGACCCGGUCCAUGAGAUGACCAAUGGCGACUCUUUUCUCAUCAAGCCUGAGCGCAGCCGCCCAUCGGAGUCUCUGCAGACCAGUGGACAGAUUGCAGACAAUCAAAUGGAUUAUGAGGACGAAGCACAGGAACAUGACCUUCAACAUGACAGUCAGCAAGAUGGUGAAGAAGCUAUUAUUUUGCAACAUAUCGAUGACAUUGCGACUGGAUCUCUGGAGAAGCUGGUGAUCAUUGACAUUGUCUUCCACACCAACACCUUGACGAGAGGAGUCCCGGACCGACCAAACACGGUGAGGGAGGUUUACAGGGUUCAACAUCUUCUGGCCCGCAGUCAUCUGCUGACAUUGACGCAUGUUGACGUAUAUUGCACAUGGAGACAGGACCAAUGCAUUGUUCGAUUCAAUGACCAACUUUGGGCACCUGGGGAUCCUCGACUUCUUCCAAUUGAACAUGGAGCUUUCUUCCAAAUCCAACUUCCACCGCCCCCAAAUCCGGAGUGGGACAUUGGCCAAGCUGUCAGAACUAUUCAGGAAACGGGCGAUCUUCUUGAAUUUCCUGAAGCUGGUCAGCUUGCUGCCUCUAUCCUCGACGGGAACAUUGACAACAACCGAAGAGCUUUUGGGGAAGGUUUCAUUGAGGGUGCGCGACUGGUCACUUGCAAGUGCAAUGAGGAAGAUGCGGAUAUUCCUGAGGACAUUGAUAUUCCCAUGAUGCUCCCACCAGGAACGAGUCUUCAUGGACCUCGUCCCUCUCAUGAUGGUGUGUUUGACUGGCUUGAUGAAUUGGUUGCAGUUUUCAGACAAGAAGCUGAAGCGGAAACUAUUGAAGGCAGCCCAUUCCUCUAUGUGCAAACCUGGUACAUACACCAUCGUAGGCACAAACGCUGCCCACAUCCCCGAUCAGUGCGUUUGGAUGGCGCCAUCAUUGGGUGGAUUGAAGAGUUGCGUUAUGCUUGGAGUGAUGUGCUGGAUAGAAGCAUACCCUUUGCCAUUCAUGUUGUCAAACCGCGACCACCACAACCACGAUGGCAGUCAUUUUCCUGCCACAUCAUCCUGGUCCAGGCACCACAACCUCAUUUGGUAGCAGGAGUUGUUACAACCCUCCUGGAAGGCCCUGAUCGAGAUGCUAUCAUGCAGGCGGCGGCUUCAUUUCCUGACUUAGUGAACAAACCCGCUGUGGUUGAUGAAAUGCAGCUACAACCUCAAUGUGAUCUACGAAGAUGCUCGGUGACGGCGAGUGGAUUGCCUGUUCACUUGAUCCAGCAAACAGAGAUCCAUAACGGUUUCAAUGUCUGCAUCAGAGUGGCAUCUGUGGUUGCGAUGACGCAACGACCAAUUCAACCAGGGUCUGCAUCAGAUCACAUGGAACACUUUGAGGAUGUUAUUUUCAUGCAAAGAAGCCGGAGCACUCCAGCUGUUGCGAGCUCUUCGACUGCACAAGGGUCAAACUGCCCGGAGCCAUUUGCCUUCAACCCAAAUGCUCAAAUUUUUGUACCAGGUCAAGUGCUGAUUGAAGGGAUGGACGAAUUUACACAAGAUCUCCAUCGAAUAUGGCUUGAUGAGUCAUUUAGUUGGGAAGGUGAAACUCCAACAUGUCUCUUCACCACAUGGAUGGUUGAUCAUUCGGGAGCCUUUCGUCAUUGCACAAGACCACGCGAUGUACGCCUGGGCCCUGACUUCACUGCCUGGGAAGCCCAGAUCAAGAAUGUUUGGGCGGACGAACUUGUCGGCAACCCUUCUCUUGAAUAUCACAUCAUUAGUCCAACCCCACCAAGAUUGGAGAACCAGGCUGCUGGACACAUCAUUGUCAUUCAGCAUGCAGACGAAUCUCUGGUCACGAAUCGAUACAACAUGAACUUCAAUGCUAUGGACAAGAUUGUGCAAUCGAAAUUCUUGGUGAAGGGGCUUUGGCCAUGUGCUUUCCAAGUUUGUGGUCCACCAAAAGAUUCCUCUUUGAAGAAGGAUGACCAUAUUGGCAUGAUGCGCUUCCUUCACCAGAUGGGACAUGAGAAAGCAGGCAUUCUUGCGAUCAUUCCUCACAGCCACAAUUUGACUGAAGUGCAGUUCACGGCACCAUGGAAGCCAAAGCGCCGUCACCGCAACGCCCCUCUUCCUGGCCGUCUCGCCAACCUACAGGAUCAACUGGCAAGAUGUAUGACCCUUCAUUUGCUGCACAAGGGGGUUUUGAGUGCCUUUUGGAUUUGGGAGCUAACAGUGAGCAACUGCUUUCCUUCUUCGAGCAUUCCAGCUUUUUCAGACCUUUGCACUUUCACAGAAGGCAUUGAUCUACCAGCAACCACAUUGGAAGCAAUCAAUCUGCUGCAACCACUGGAGCGCUACGACAGGUCGGACUCCGUCAUGACCAUUGGGCAGUCUCAAGGCACACUUGGCUCACAGCACCAUGAUGAGACUUUUGAUCUGCUCCGGGGAUGCCACCAAAUUUUGGAAGCUGCUCUUCCUGCAGAUUGUUUGAGAGUUGAACACGUCUAUGGACACAACUCAGACCCGUGGAAUGACCUUGCUGAUCACUUGGCAAAAAGAGAAGCCACGACUGGCUUUCUGCUGCCACGAGGAGAACUCAAUGUUCAAUUUUGGCGUCCUCUGCUGCCUUAUCUGUGGAUGCUUUUUGGGCACCAGUAUGGUAUGCCAGAACAUUGUGAUCGAGGACUUAUCAUUCCUGCACCAUCCCUGCCAGCUCCUUUCGCGCCCAAGACCUCCUCAAAGCCUGAUGCAUUGGUUGAAAUUCAUUUGACCCUCAGCCUGGCAACUGCGAAUGUUUUGUCUCUUUACCAUCGCCCGGAUGGACAUGCGGGCAAGGUGAACUACCUCAGAGAGCAAUUUAUCAGCCAUGGGCUCAAUUUUCUUGGACUGCAAGAGACGAGAAGUUCUGCUGGGGCUUCACUGGUGCAUCAUGUUUACAGACUCUGCUCAGGAAGCAACAAAGGACAUCACCGGGUGGAACUGUGGUGCAAUUUGAAGCAGCCCUAUGGAUACACCAAAGGCAGACCGCAAUACCUUCGCCAAAGUGAUUUUGCAGUAGUCUACUAUGAUGACACCAGGCUGCUCACGAAGAUUGAUGCGAGCUUACAUCAAUUUUGGGUGAUGGUUUUUCAUGCACCGCAAAGUGGACAACCUCAACGCUUGCGAGAACAAUGGUGGGAGGUGACACAUCAGCUUCUUUUGGAUCAUCAAGUUCAAGCUGAUCACCUUUAUGUCUGUGCUGAUGCCAAUGCUGCACCGGGACCUGGUGAUGGACGUCAUGUUUUUGAAGAGGCCUCAUCUACAUCGACAUCCACUCCUCUUCUCCAGCAUUUCCUGUCCACUUUUGACAUGUGCCUGCCUUCCACGAGUACAAUUCACACUGGUCCUAGACACGCUUGGGUUCGACCGGACGGUUCCACCUCCCACCUUAUUGACUAUGUCAUGGUGCCGGCUGCGCAAUUCCAGGCUUGUUCACACUCACAGCUUCUGGAACACCUUGAUUUAGCCAACCAGACGACAGAUCACACCGCUACAGGAGUGGAACUUUCAUGGUGGACCACAGUGCAGAACCGAGAAGUAUCUCAUGAUGAAGUUGGCCUGCGUUUUGACAGGAACAAAAUCAAGGAUGGCAACCUCAGCCAGAUGUUGGGCAACUUCCACGUAGCGUCAUGGUCAACUGAUGUGGAGAGACAGACUCAUGACUUGACCAAUCAUAUUCAUGCCACCCUUCAAGCAGGAUGCAGACGCGAUCCUUCUCAGCCAAAAAAGGAAUAUGUCAGCCCUUUUGCUUGGGAGUUGCGACGCCAGAAGCUUUUCCAUCGCAAACAUUUGAAGACAGCUCGAGCCCUUUUGGCGCGUGAAACCAUGGCUCGGAUUUUCCAUGCUUGGCAAGGAGCUGAAGGAGAGCAUUGUCAAUGCUCCUUUGACUACGGAACGACCUUGCGAUGUGGGCUCUUCAAGCACUAUGCCGGCUUUCGUAUGACUUCGUGGGGUCUGAAGAAGCACCUGGAGAAGGAAAAGGCCUUCAAGAUUUCUGAGGUUGUAGCCUCCUUUGAUGCAUCUACAGCUGCCUCUGAGAUCCAACACAAGAUGAAGGGUUUCAUGGGCAGCACGAACAAGUUACGACAAGGAUUGGCGCCACUUCCAGCGGUGCGUUCUCAGAAUGGUUCUCCCUGUGAGACCGCCAAGCUAUUGUAUGGGCUCUUGCUGAAGUUGGUUACCCACGGACAUGAACCGCUGAUCCAUAAAGGGGGCACAGUUGUGCCCAUCUGGAAGGGGAAGCUGGCUAAGGAGGCCUUGGCCAGAGCAGAUGUUCUUUCUGAAAUCCCUAUCCAGCAUGGACCGGCCUUUUUUGACCUGGAAGUGCCCCACACAUCGACUUCACAGCGUUUUCUUGGACCGGUUUGGAUGGACGACAUGGCGCUAUGCCUUUGGGGAGCAAGCAAUGAAGGCCUACGUCGCAAGAUUGGAGUGGCAUCUAGCCUUCUACUUGACCUCUUUCGAGGACAUGCCAUGGCACCCAAUUUGCGUCCUGGAAAAACGGAGCUCAUGAUUAGUCCGAAAGGACAUGGGACAAGGGCGUGGCGCAAAGAAAUGUUUGGGCCACUCUCCACCGAGCACUUUACUGCAGUUGGAGAAUAUGGCCCAUAUCACAUUCACCUUGUGACAAAGUAUGUGCACUUGGGGGGAGUCUUGCAUCAUUCUGGAGAAGUUCGCCUAGAGUUGAGUCCAAGGGUUGCCCUGGCGCACCAGGCUUUCAGCAAACAUCGCAAGCUGAUUUACCAGAACCGUGCCCUACCUCUUGGCAAGCGUAUGGAGAUUUUCAGAAGUUUGAUCUUGAGUCGCCUGCUGUAUGGGUCUGAUUCCUGGGUCUUGCAGGACAUCCUCACCAAGCAUCGUGCACAUGUGGCCAUCAUGAAGCUUUAUCGACGCCUCUUGGGCUGUGCGCAUGAAGCAAAUAUCUCAGAUGAUGAAGUCCUAUUCCGUUUGGGUAUGCCAUCGCCAACGGUGCUUCUACGAUUGGCUAGGCUCCGUUAUCUCGGCUCCUUGUGCAACAUUGGAAACACUGCUUGCUGGGGCCUGCUCAAUGCGGAUCGUAACUGGAAGCAACUGGUUGAGGACGACUUUGCAUGGCUAUGGAGCAACCUUUCCAACACCUGCCACCUUGGGGACCCGAAGCUUCACAUGAGCCGUUGGUUGGAAAUUUUGGUCUGGCAUCGAAGUUAUUGGCGCAGUUUGCUUCGCAGAACAGAAAAGCAUGCCAUCCAGCAGCAGGCCCUGAAGUUUCAAUGCACGCAGUUCCAUUUGAAGAUCCGAGAUCUCUUAGCAGACAAUGGUUUUUGGUCUCCACCUCCAUCUUGUGAUUUGGAUGUGCCUCGAGACCUCUACUUUGGAUGCAUGCGUUGCCAGAUGAGGUUCAAGACCAAGGGAGGUGAAGGUGCUCACAUGUGUCGAGCACAUCACAAGAUCAAUCCGAUUCGCUAUUACAUUUCUGGAACACAAUGCAUGGCGUGCCUUCGAGAGUACCACGCGGUAGGGCAGAUGCAAGCCCACCUCCUGCGCAGUGCAGAUUGUCGGGCUUAUCUUCUUCAUCAUCGAUUACGUGGACAAGCACUUCCGGGCAUUGGCUCCAAAGAAGAUGUUGAAAGACAACACCGCCUUGAUGGCAAGCUUCCGCCAUUACAGGCCAGCGGACCGCUACAACCUCAACGUGGCGGACAAGAACUUUCCAGGGUUGACUGGCACUUGCAUGAUGAGCUUGCGUUAGCGAUCCUGGACGCGCAACAACAGCCUGAUGCAGAGGACUUGCUGAGCAGCAUGAAGAGGAUCAUCCUCAAGCAGGAGAUUGCUUGGACAUAUUGUCAGGUUACUCUCGCCGAGCUCAUGCAAACAGUGAGAGAUGAGCAACGUGGAUGGGACACUCUCUCCAAGGAGCAGGUCAUUGCGGCAAUUCACUCUUUGUCAUUGCCGGAGACAUGGCCUUUCUUGAGACAGCCUUGUGUCUCCCGCACCUUGCCGACCCCUUGUUUGGAAGACCUGGAGAAAGAGUGUGCGGACUGCCGGCUGACUUGCCCCAGUUCGGCAAUGCCGGAGAUCGCUCGUCCGUGUGGCAGUCCCCGUCCAGUGCGCUCAGCGCAAGAACUAUGGGGUCUUGCUUCCCUCAGUUUGAGGGAGCUUGCACAGGUGCAUGUCGGAAAUCAUCUGCUAUGCUUUUCAUUGGAGAUGUUGUUUCGUUUGGCGAUUGUGCGAGCUUUUGGAGUCCUUGAGCACCCAGAAAUGCCAGAAGGCGAGAGCAUGCCGUCAAUUUGGCGGUUGGAUGUGAUGCAAUGGUUACUCCAGAUGCCAGGAGUGAAUUCCUUUGGGUUCAGUCAGGGCCUCCUGGGCGCCCCGACGCCAAAACCCACGAGGCUUUUGGUUCUCAACAUGGACGGCCUCAUGGGUGAGCUGCGACGCCAUCACCUUUGCGCAGAUCCACCGCGCCGCUCAGCAAUUGGGAAAGACACCGAUGGCUGCUGGCGCACGGGUGUUCUUAAAGAAUACCCUCCGGCAAUGAGUAGAGCUCUUGCCGCACAAUUUUGUCGUUCACUUGCAGAUUGCCCUUUCGAAGAAUCGGUGCAUCUCAGUGACCAUUUUGUGCAGACAUGUCAGGCCAUGGAUUCGAAGGACUAUGGCCUGACCAUCGGCAAGGCAGAGGUGAACGUGAAACUCGACAAGUACCUCACCACCCCCUUGCACCAAGCGGCUAAGAACAAUCUGCUUGAAGCGGCCAAGAUGUUGUUGGAUGCUGGGGCAGAUGUGAAUCCCAAGGACAGUGAAGGCGAAACGCCCUUUGAUUAUGCCACUGGCGGUGCGAAGGAGCUGUUGGCGGAGCAUGGUGGCGUGGAAGGAAAGUCAUGGGCCUGGCUGGGAAAACGUGCGAUGAAGAAAAUUGUCGGGUGA